AUGCUUGGCAAGCGGAAGCGAUUCGACACAUUCGAGGAUUCGGAUGAAGCAAUCCAGUCCCGAUGCAUCAAGUUCAUCGUCGGUCCGGAAAAGAAAGAAUACACCGUCCAUGAAGCGCGCUUCACCAACCUUUCGCCAGCCCUACACGCCCUUCUGACUGCAGGAUUUCAAGAGUCCAGAAGGGGCAAGGUCGUCUGGGACGAUACUGACCCAGUCACUUUCGUCCUGCUGGUUCAAUACGCCUACCGUGGUGAAUAUUCACUGCCAGACUCUAACGGCGUGACUACGAUCCCUGAAGAGAAUGAGACUCCUGAAGAUGGCGACACCCCCAAGAAUUUACCGCGUUCAAUGCAGGGAUACUUCUGGGCUGCCGGACACAGAGGCUCACAACACCACUUUGUGAAUGACAGGUUUUUCCCUGAGAUGAGCUGCGAUGAGAAGCCACCGGGUAUGGGCCAGGCUCAGUGUAUUCUGAGGAAGUUCACCGGCAUUGAGGCGUUCGAGAAGGCUUGCCGGCAUGUUGAACACCUGAGGCCAAUGUAUAUGCUCCACGUUCAGCUCUACUUCCUCGCGGACAAGUACAUCAUCGAAGAUCUCAAAGAGAUGUGCCUGGCUAGGGUCCGACAUUUCCUAUCGGAGUGUCCCGGAACCUUUCAACUGAAGACCAUUCUUCUCGAAUCCGUCCCGGUCAUCUAUUCACAGACAAUUCAUGGAGACUCGCUACGGAGGCUUAUUACACAUUAUUUCCUCGCCAACAUGAAUUGGAUCGAUACUGGUUCGAGGUUCAAGGCACUACGAAGAAGCACGCCUGAUUUCGGACUGGACUUGCUCGACGAGAUCCCCCACAGCUACUGGACGGAGUUGAGCGAGGGUCCUAACGAACCGGCAGCUGAGGCAAGGGAAGACCAGGCCCAGUAUCAGGCAACAAGGCGGACGAGGAUCACAUGA